AUGGGACGCUUUACAGUAUCUAGUCUUUCAGCUGGUGUUAGUGGUAGUACUAGCACCAAUUUUCCAGAAACUCGCAUUGGAGAAACAUUGUAUGGAGAAACGGAAUCAGUCGAAACGACAGAUGCUCAGAAAUUAAACGAUUCUUUUUCGGAAUUGCCUAAAAUUCCCCGGAUGGACAGUUCGGUUUUGAAAAAAGUUCAGUUUUUCGAGAAUUUUUUCGACUCCAGUCCUACGCUCAGCCCAGGGGUCAGUCCAGGUGUGACGAAGAACGUCACGCCGCCGUCGUCUGCUAACCGAUGUCUCUCGCCUGACACCGUUCAGACAACCCGCUCCGGAAAAGGUCACCGGAAACAACUUUCGUUAUGGGUCAGCCCGAGUUCGAAAGCCGUCGAGACGGUGUCUAACUCGUGUAGACUGAACCCUCUGGUCGAGACGGCAUCGAACCCUGUUAGACCGAACCCUCUGGUCGAGAUGGUAUCGAACCCUGCUAGAUCAAACCCCCUGAAAACUGGUUUAGCACCAAGAGUCUCCCAAGACUCAAGUCUUCGACUGAACUUCAGCAAGUUCCGGAGGUCGGAAUCCAUCCCGGAAGCAGCCAUCUUAUGUACCUGUGGGGAGAUUCGCGAGACAAGUUCAAGGCCGUCGUGUUCGUGUGCAAUGGAUUACCCUGAUCCCAGCGGAUAUGUUAAUGGAUUUGUGACGUCACCUACACAACAGGUCUGCCACCACCCACAAUGUAUGGAGGGAAACGGUGACCUCCCUUUGUUGCUAUGUCGACCAUGUGACCUUGACAUCCACAAGCAGCCCGAAUACAAUGGACAUCUCGUACUGGACAGUCUUAAAAAACGUGGGCCAGUAGUUAAAGCACCUGUGACGUCGCUAUCGAACGAAGGUGAGAGUGACAGCGACACCCCAGACACACCCCACAACCUCAGCGACACUCCAGACACACCCCACAACCUCAGCGAGGAUCAGGUGGACGGGCUCUUUGUCAAACACAACUCCAAGUUCAGAAACAAGUCGCCCAGCGAGCUGGAAAGAAAACUCAAGCGGAAGAAAGCGCUGAAAAAGAAGGGAAAUAACUGGCUGAAACAGGAUGGCCUAGAAGCAGCCCUGGCUCAGAUAGCCGACCCAGAAGGUUCCGAUUCGGAUCCGUUUUCUCGCAGAGAUUCGGAUCCAGAAUUUAGGAUGUCUAAAGAUCCGUUUGGCCGCCGGGAUUCUGGACUUGGAGAUUUCGGAAGCGUGACCUUGGGCACGGUGACCUUGAUUCGACAAGACUCCCAAGACAGCCCAACGGAAAGUUUAGCCGGAGGGUUGGGUCGGAAUCCGGUCCGGCGUCAGUCGAGGGUGACCGGCAACGACAAUUGUUUCACCCUGAAAUUUGCUAGGGAAGUCGAUCAGAAAGAAGAUUUUGAAAACAUAGCGGCUGUUCCUAAUCAGACUUUAAGGGAUUCGCUAGAGGCGGUGCUUGAGAGACGGAACAUCGACAUCAACGCCGUUCAUGUCUUCGUAGAGAAGUCAAAGACGCCGCUACCAAUGUCAUGUGACAGUGGACAUUUGGCCGGCGCUACGCUCGAGAUCAAAGACUAUGGCUGGCUGGACUAUGGCUGGCUGGACUAUGGCUGGCUGGACUAUGGCUGGCUGGACUAUGGCUGUGGUUGA